AUGACCGCACACCGCACACCGCAGCCCUUGGCUCAAAAGGCCCCGAAUUGUGCGUACGCUGCCAUUGGGACGAUCAUAAGGGCGGCUUCACACAACACUGUCUCUGGAAGUCUAUGUGAGCACGGGCCGCGGACGCUUCACUGUCGCUACGUGGACGUUUGGGGCCUCAUCGCGGCAAUAGAAGGCGGCCGCGCGGCGCGCUGCCGUCCCGGCGCGUCAGGGACCAUGGGGGCGCGCACCUCGCACGCCGGACGACACGUUGGCGCGUUCGAAUCCCGACACAGACUGGCGCGCGGCCGACGCGUGACGCCCCUCCGACGUAGGCCGGGCCCGGCGGCGCCACCCAGGGGCCGGGCGAGCGCCGCGCGCCAAUCGCGGCCACCGGCCUCCGUCCUCCCCGGAGAUGCCCGAAGCCUCGCGCCCGCAGCCGGCGCGCCAAUUCGGCCCCCACUCUUAGUCAGGCCGCCCACGCGGCAGGCCCCGCCCGCGUCGCGGUGGGGCGACACAAGAGUGCCCCAGCCCGCCCGGCCCGCUCAUGUUUAUGGGCUUUCGGCGAGACAGCCGCGCUCGGCCGCCGCCGAACAAAUCCUCGGCCGCGGCAAAAACGCCGAGGCCGAGGACAAGUCGUUCCACCGCGCCCGAUUCACGGACGGCGCCGCG